UUAGCUCAACAACUUUUAUCCAAAUAGUUUGGUAGCUAUAGGAAAAAAAAUAAUUAACGCCUGUAUAUUAUUAUAGCUUCUAUAAGUAGCAAUUUAAAGUGAUAACAAGUGAAUUGCUGCUUCAUAACUGAACAAACAGAUCAACUCAAGAGAAGAAAGGAUGCAUCAGCUGUUCGUCCUAGUUUGGAUCCUUUGGUUUCAUUGACAGUCCCUGUGUUGAGCACAAGACAGGAUGCCCUACCACUGUGUGGCCUUUGGAUGUGGCAAAACCGCAGAAGAUGGUGUGACACUGUUUAAAUUCCCCAAGGACCCUGAGGAGUUUCGCAAAUGGGAAAAGCAGGUCCAGCGCACCCGCACCCAGUGGGUCGCCACACCCAACUCCCACCUCUGCAGCGAGCAUUUUGGCAAGGAGUACUUUGAGCCAAGACCACCCGCAGGGGCUCUGAAGCUGAAGCCAGGAGCUGCUCCUACAGUGUUCGUCCGUCCUCUGUGUUCCUCCUGCAGUGGAGUUGGCUGCAGUAACUGCCUGCCUGCUAUCCAACGCCGGGGCAUUACAGCUGAGCCAAGGGAGCGCAACAUUAGUGCCGAACACAAUGAACUGGCACCCACUCAGUUUGAUGAUACUGAUGGAGGAGGCGACAAAGAACAUGUGACAGGAAGAGUGGGAAGAGGGGAAAAAAACAAAGAUGAACGACCAGUGGUGUGUGAGAUGUGCGGCACCACCGGCAACAUUAGCACCUUCUUUUCAAAGACCAAGCGUUUCUGCAGUAUAUCCUGCUCACGCUCCUAUUCGUCAAACUCCAAGAAGUCCUCCAUACUGGCACGUCUGCAGGGAAGGCCCCCCACAAAAAAAGCUACAGUGCUGAACAAGGUGAACAAAGCCCCUCCAACCACAACAGGACUAGACGGUUUCGAGUGGGGCGCUUACUUGGAGAGGGAGACGUCACUGGCUGCGUCCGUCUCCUGCUUCAGACAUGCUCCUCUGUGUGCACAGUGGGACGACAUCGCUGUUGGGAUGAAGGUGGAAGUCCUGAACACUAACGCCGUCCUGCCCAGUAAAGUCUACUGGAUCGCUACCGUUAUCCAGGUCGCAGGAUACAAAGCUCUGUUGCGAUAUGAAGGCUUCGAGCACGACAGCAGCCACGAUUUCUGGUGCAGCCUCGUUUCAGGAGAGCUGAAGCCGAUUGGAUGGUGUGCCAUGACGAGCAAGCUGCUGGUGCCGCCACAAGAUGUGAAGCAGAACAUACCAGAUUGGAAAGAGUAUCUGAUGAAAAAGCUGGUGGGCGCCAACACUCUACCCGUCGAUUUCUACUUGAAGCUGGCAGAGAACAUGAGGACCUCUUUCCGAAUCGGCAUGCGUGUGGAGGUGGUGGAUCCCAGGCAUGUGAGCCGGACCCGCGUGGCCAUGAUUGACACGAUUAUUGGCGGCCGUCUGCGGCUGGUGUACGCGGACCAAAGCGACGCCCCCGAGAACGCCACCUCUGAUUUCUGGUGCCACAUGUGGAGCCCCCUCCUGCACCCGUUAGGCUGGUCUGUGAAAGUGGGCCAUGCCAUUAAGGCGCCUGCAAACUCUGUGGAAAGUAGUGGUUUGAGGGGGAACUCUGACAGUUCAUUCCUUCUCUUUAAAAAGCCCAGGGUCGUUUACAUGGAGGGAAGUUUCUUUGAAGAAGGAAUGAAGCUGGAGGCCAUUGACCCUCUCAACCUGGGAAGUAUCUGUGUGGCCACUGUACACAAGGUGCUGUUAGAUGGCUACCUGAUGGUCGGUAUCGACGGCACGAUAUCUAACAACGGCUCCGACUGGUUUUGUUACCACGCGUCCUCUCACGCCGUCCUUCCUGUGGACUUCUGUAAAAAGAACAACAUCCCUCUCACUGUACCUCAAGGUUAUGACUCUCAGACCUUCACCUGGGACAAAUACCUGAAGGAGACCAAAGCUAAAGCUGCACCGGCACGACUGUUCAACACUGACUACCAGGGUCACGGCCUCUCCGCCAACAUGAAGCUGGAGGCAGUGGACCUGAUGGAGCCACGGCUGGUCUGCGUGGCCACCGUGAAGCGCUGCGUGGGCCGUCUGCUGCUCAUCCACUUCGACGGCUGGGAGGAUGAGUUCGACCAGUGGGUCGACCACUGGUCCCCGGACAUCUACCCCGUGGGCUGGUGUGAGCUGAUGGGCUACCAGCUCCAGCCGCCUCCUGGUCUCGUAGAUUUAAUCACAAACCAGGUGGCACGGAACAAGAAGUGCAAGCCCUUUGUAUACGGGAAAAAGAGGAAGAGGAGUGCAAAGAAGAGGCUCUCCGAUGAGCAAGCUAAAGAUGAUGCGGGUCAGCAGCUUGAGGUCGUUGGCACUACGAGUCCCACAGAAGUGGUAGAUCUCAGUCUCCCUCCAAAGGUGCCACUCCUCCAGCCCAAGACUGAGCCGGAGGAGCAGGAGAUCUUUGCGGUGCAGGUGAAAGUGGAAGAGGUGGAAAUGGAGACUCCCAUUGAUCCUCCGGGAAGCCCUCGACAAGCCUGCGUGGGUGUAAUCAAACAGGAGGAGGGAGGGGAGCAGAGUAAGUCAGGACGACACGAGGUGCCGGAGCAGACCUGCACGGAGAACGUAGAGCAUGAAAAGACAGAAAAAGAUAAAGCCGCAACAAAAGACGGACUUGAAGAGUGGGGGUCUCUGGAGGAGAGCCUUACUGGCGAAAGCAACGUGGAGCGGAGUGAGAACGAACGACGAACACGGGACCAAGAGGACGGGAGCCAAGGAAAUGACUCUGCCAUGGAUGAAGCGCUGGAGAGUAAUACUGAGCAGGAGAGGGCGGAGGAGAGGAGAGAUGAGACGAGCGUGGAAAAGGUGGCGGUGCAAGGAGACUGAGAUGAGGGGAGUAAAAUAAA